GUCGGUUCACUGACAAUCGAAAAACCAAAACAACAACCAGAACAACAACAACGGAUAUCAACACCACCACGAAAGCGAGCAACAAGCAACCCGUCAGCCAACGAUGGAAGGACACGUCACCGUGAAGGACGUCGGUGUGCUCGGCACUCGCGUGCGAUGCUACAUCAGCCCUGGCGCAGGCCCCGAGGUGGUGCUGUUGCAUGACGCGUUCAGCAAGUCGCUGCAGUUCCGUGCGCAGCUCAACGGAAACCUUGGUCGCCAGCUGCGCCUCAUCGCCAUCGACCUACCUGGGCACGGUGCCUCUCAACCACCGGCCGACGUGCACCGGUACUACACAGUCACGGGCAUGGCAAAGAUCGUCGGUGGCUGUCUGGAAGAGCUUGGUGUUCGCUCCGCUUAUGUUGUCGGCAGCGGGCUUGGCGCCCGUGUUGGCCUCAAGUUGAACGGCGCAAUCAAAGUGGAAAGCAUCAUGAUGGUUGGCACAGCCCCGCUGCGGAAGAACGCCUGGCAGUCAUCGGGAGAGCUGCUUGCACGUGCGCCGGCUGUGGCCAAGAUGGCCGACACCGUCAACCUCACGGCCGAGGAUGUGCAUGAGCUGCUUCGGCACUUUGUGUCCCCGGAAGAACUGAAACAGGACGCGUUUGCUUGGGUGUCACACGCCAUCAAGCACACCGACGCUCGCCACAGAAACGUUGUUCGCCACGAAUUGCAGCUCGACACCUUCGAUGAGCUGAAGAGCCUCUCUGAGCUUUCUUCCCGCGCAAAGCUCGGCCUCGUUGUUGGCGCACACGACCACCUCGUCUCCUACGAUUACAUCUCAUCUCUGCGUUUGCCAAACUUGUGGCGGCAGUGUGUGCAGGUGGUGCCGGGUGCGUUCCAUUUCGUCGGCGCGUCGCGCCCGCACGCAUUUGAUGCUCUCAUCCGGGACCUCAUCAAGGACACGCGCGGAUCAAUCACCCCAAUCCAACGCAAGGUUGAUCCGGCCACAGCAGAGACGCCAGCAGGGAAAUCAGGCGCCCUCGUGCCACCAGCUGCCAGGUUUGAGCCGCCUGUUGUGGAGGGCGAAUCGCAAGCAAAGCCAGCAAGUGCCGCCAACACACCGAUGGCGAAGAACCCUUAUGCGCGCGGCAAGGUGCCUGGCGGGACAAUGCCCCAUCCGUCAAUGCGCUUUGAAAUUGGCGCUGACGAGCAGCCGUACGCAAAGGAGCCUGUCGUGCACAACCCAGAGAUGGCCGCAAACCCGCACGCUCGCGGGCGCAUCAAGGGUGGCGUGAUGCCACACCCUGGCGCGCGCUUCGAGGUGACGGCGACAACACUCGCAGGCGAGCGCAACGGACAGAACGAAGUUGCUCGCAAGAACCCAUACGCACGCGGCCGUGUUCCCGCUGGCAAGAUGCCACACCCCAGCUCGCGAUUCGAGGGCCAACCAGAGGAUGACACCAACGGUGCUGCAAACAACACGUCUGCAAACGCAACGCCGUCCAAGGUGCAGAACCCAUACGCACGUGGCCGCAUUCCUGGUGGUGAGAUGCCCCACCCUGGUGCUCGCUUCGAAGGACACUGGAUCGAUCGUCCAAGCAGCAGGGCACGCCAACCCCCUGGUGGGCACACCCACAGCAACAUCUUUGGCUGACUUUAUCGCAAUCCCCAUGCCAUCGUCAUAUCACAGAACCUCCACCAUCAUUGUUGAUCAGUUCACUGUCAUCAAAUCAUCACAACCACACCUCUGUCUGCCAACCUCUUCCCAUCUUUGUUUCUGUUGUUUGCUUUCGUCUGUCAGUGUCAAUUCACGCAAAUACACCAUACACAACACUCAAC